AUGUCGUGGCUGUAUAUCAGUAGACUUGCUAUAUUCGCUAUCGUUGCAUUGUUCUCCUUGAUCGUGUUGGGUGUUGCUGGAAAUAUCUCGUCUACCCUGAGCUCCUCCGAUAGUGCGAUCCUCACCUAUGUCGGCCUGGGGAUCGCCACAAGCGUCCUCACUUUGCUCAGUAUUCCUGCCAUGCUGGUGGUGGAUCUAUUGAUGACAGGCUUCUUCACGUCAAUGAUUCUGGUCGAGCUAGCCUGGUUGUCAUUUCUAUGGAUCCUGUGGUUGGCGACUGGUGCCCUGGUUGCCAGUGACAUUGCUCCCUACACGUCGUGCAAUUUUUUCUACAAGAUAGAGGUCAAAAUAUGCCAGGAGUCUCAAGCGGUGGAAGCGUUUGCUUUCCUCAACUGGAUUCUGCUCCUAGUCUAUACAGUCGUGUUGCUUGUCUUCACUAUCAUAUCGGCGCAGCGAGGCGAGAGCAUCUGGACAUCCUCCGUCAAGAGUUCAAUGGGGGGACGUACCGUUGGGACCAGCAGCCGAUACCCUAUGUCUACCAAUACCGGCGACGUGCCGCCCGUUUCUCAGGCUCAAAGGCCUCAAACGGAGGUAUGA